AGCCAGCUACUCGAAGAUCAGUUCGUUGCGAAACGUCGAGCGUGCCAGAACUUCAGAGCGCUUCUUCAGUUCCGAAACACAAGUCAAGUGUGAAGAGUGAAAAAUAUAAAGAAUUCUCCGAGUCUUGGGAAGAAAUUCCAACUUAUUAUGUUAUAGUGAAAAUAAUAAGAGAAAAAAAAUCUAAGAAAAUGCUUUCCAUGCAAGAGCUAAUGGAUAUGCGAAUGCAGCAGCAGUUGGCUCAUGAGAUCUACCGCCAGCAGAUCAUGCAGCGUAUACCAGAUCCCUUUCCGGCAAUGCUGCCUUUCGGCCUGCCCCAUCAGCCGCAAAUCAUGCUGCCCAGCCGCCCCGCCCUGCCGGGUGUGGAGGCCAAGCUGGAGAACAACGAUCUGUGGCAGCAGUUUCAUAAAAUCGGCACCGAAAUGAUCAUCACAAAGAGCGGCAGGCGUAUGUUCCCCUCGAUGAGGGUUUCGCUGAGUGGUCUGGAGGAGGAGGCCAGCUACUGCGUGCUCCUCGAGAUGGUGCCCAUCGGCGAUUGCCGCUACAAGUUCUCCGGCUCCCAGUGGGUUCCGGCCGGAGGUGCCGAACCCCAAAGUCCCCAGCGCAUGUACCUCCAUCCGGAUAGCCCGGCCACAGGUGCUCAUUGGCAAUCACAGGCUCUCCUGUUCAACAAAGUCAAGCUCACCAACAAUACCCUGGAUAGCAAUGGACAUAUUGUCCUGGCCAGCAUGCAUAAGUACCAGCCACGCCUGCACAUCAUCCGGAGCAAUGAGCUCACCCAGCUUCCCUGGGCGCCGCAGCAGGCGUUCGUUUUCCCGGAGACGGAGUUCGUAGCUGUCACGGCCUAUCAGAACGAUCGCAUUACCAAGCUGAAGAUCGACAACAAUCCCUUUGCCAAGGGAUUCCGCGAGUCCGGCCAGUCGAGGUGCAAGAGGAAGCUCAACCAAAGCGGAAACUCCAGUCUGGAGUCCGAGGACGAUGGCUCCAGUGUGAGCAGCUGCGACUCUCCGCAGGCCAAACGUCAGCGCCAGGACUUUGAGCAGGACUCUACGGGCAGCAGUUCCCCUGCCUAUUACAGUUCUCCUCCGGCUGCCUUGAGUCCUUCUGCUCUGUCGCCUUACGGCCAUCGCCUUCCUUUGAGCUAUGGCCCCGUAAUGCCACCCUACUUCGGAGCAGUGCCUCCUCAAGCCCUACCGAUGCCACCAGCUGCCUAUGUGCCACCUCCCAUGGAGUCCUUGGAAUCCCCAACGCCCUCAGUCGUCUCCAGCACACCAGUCACCUCACCAAGACCUUCCACCUCCACCAAACGAAACAGUUUCAGCAUCUCGGCCAUUUUGGCCUACUAGAUCUGAUCGUGGGGCUAGAAUCCUGUUGAAGUCUUCUUUUGUGAUUUGUGAGAAACGUGUGCAUAUACUUUUGUAAGCUAUUGUAUCCUACUUUUAAGCUCACCAUAUAAUUUGUUAAUUCGUUUUAAGUGUCU